GCGGGGAGUUGCGUCACAUCCGGGGUCAGCACGCCAGGUUCCGGAAGAGGCUGCACAGUGGUGGUGGUCGUUUCUGCGUUGAUGUUUAGUUUCUUUGCUGCCGGAGAGACGGAAUACGCAGUAGCAUCAUGGUGGAGGAGGUACAGAAGCAUUCUGUGCAUACACUUGUAUUCAGGUCAUUGAAGAGGACCCAUGACAUGUUUGUAGCUGAUAAUGGAAAACCUGUGCCUUUGGAUGAAGAGAGUCACAAACGAAAAAUGGCAAUUAAGCUAAGGAAUGAAUAUGGUCCAGUGUUGCAUAUGCCCACUUCAAAAGAAAAUUUAAAGGAGAAGGGUCCUCAGAAUGCAUCGGAUUCAUAUGGUCAUAAACAAUAUCCUGCUAAUCAAGGACAAGAAGUUGAGUAUUUGGUGACCGGUACACAUCCCUAUCCACCAGGACCUGGAGUUGCUUUAACAGCAGAUACUAAGAUCCAAAGAAUGCCAAGUGAAUCAGCCGCACAGUCCUUAGCUGUGGCACUACCUUCUUCUCAGGCCAGGGUUGAUGCAAAUCGUAGUGCACCUGCUGGAGGCUCCGACCGUGCACAGCCCGCAGGGAUGACUUUGGCUGUUAUGGAGGGUGGCAAUGCCAAGAACUCUGCACUGAUGGCUAAAAAGGCCCCUACGAUGCCGAAACCCCAGUGGCACCCACCAUGGAAACUCUACAGGGUGAUCAGUGGGCAUCUUGGCUGGGUUCGAUGCAUUGCUGUGGAGCCUGGAAAUCAGUGGUUUGUUACUGGGUCUGCUGACAGAACCAUAAAGAUCUGGGACUUGGCUAGUGGCAAAUUAAAACUGUCAUUGACUGGUCACAUUAGUACAGUUCGUGGUGUGAUAGUCAGCUCGCGGAGCCCAUACCUGUUCUCCUGUGGAGAAGACAAGCAAGUCAAGUGCUGGGAUCUGGAAUAUAAUAAGGUUAUAAGGCACUAUCAUGGACACCUGAGUGCAGUGUAUGGUCUGGAUUUGCACCCAACAAUUGAUGUGCUGGUAACCUGUAGUCGAGAUUCAACUGCACGGAUUUGGGAUGUGCGAACUAAAGCCAGUGUGCACACGUUAUCUGGACACACGAAUGCGGUUGCUACAGUGAGGUGUCAGGCUGCAGAACCGCAGAUUAUUACUGGAAGCCACGACACUACAAUACGAUUAUGGGAUUUGGUGGCUGGCAAAACAAGAGUCACAUUAACAAAUCACAAAAAAUCUGUCAGGGCUGUGGUGUUACAUCCGAAACACUACACAUUUGCCUCUGGUUCUCCAGAUAACAUAAAACAGUGGAAAUUCCCUGAUGGAAGUUUUAUUCAAAACCUUUCUGGUCACAAUGCUAUUAUUAACACAUUGACAGUAAAUUCUGAUGGAGUGCUUGUAUCUGGAGCUGACAAUGGCACAAUGCAUCUUUGGGACUGGAGAACUGGCUACAAUUUCCAGAGAGUUCAUGCAGCUGUGCAGCCUGGGUCUUUGGAUAGUGAAUCAGGAAUAUUUGCUUGUGCUUUUGAUCAGUCGGAAAGUCGUUUACUAACGGCUGAAGCUGAUAAAACCAUUAAGGUGUACAGAGAGGAUGACACAGCGACAGAAGAAACUCAUCCAGUCAGCUGGAAGCCAGAAAUUAUCAAGAGGAAGAGAUUUUAAUGUGGCAUUCUCUUCACGAAGUUUUUUUUUUCUUUUUCUUUUUUUGUUUUUGUUUUUGUUUAGCCUGGUGUUGAUGAGGAUAUGCAGUCAUUCUGUGCUCUGGCUAGGAUUAUAAAGCAGAAACUCACAUGCUUGAAUCAUUGCUGCUUAAUAUUUUACAAUAAAAUGUGUUGUCUCCCCCUC